AUGAGAUUACAAUCUCAAAUACAAUUGUUUUUUAUUAUAUUCAUUUUAACUAAUCUUUUUAAUACGAUUAACACAGAAUUCAUACUCAAAGACUUAACCGAUAAAAAUGACCUCUUAAAGUAUUCCUCUUCAGAUUGUGGUUUUGAUUUCUUGGUUUAUGCUUUUGACUCAAGAGGUGGCUCAUUUACUGAUAUUAAAUUGUAUUAUAGGGAUGGUACAGAUAUACCAUAUCAAAGACUAUUCUACAAUGAAACAUCAUCAAUAUUCUCAUUCUCUACUCUUGCUGUAUCAUCAAGCAGCGAAUAUGAGCUACCAAUAUAUGGUAAAAAUGUGAACUACCCAGAUACAGCAUCAUUAACUCUAAAAUAUAAUUGCAAAUAUAUAUCAUCAAGUUCCGUUUCAUUUAAAAAAAUUUCAGAAUUUUCAAUUGAUUCAUUUGGUAGAAUAACCUCGUUAUUAAAAGUGGAUGCAUUCGAAAAUAAAACUCCUUAUUCUUUUCUUGCUUGUUCCAAAUGUACCAUAUUAGCAGAAAAUACACCAUUUGGAUAUAUUUUAGUUCAAAUAAAAACCGAUAUUCCUGAUUCUGAUAUAGAUUUAUAUUUCGUGGAUACCAAUCAAUCAAAUAAAUCAAUUUCACUUAAGAAUUAUUACAAAAAACAAUAUUUCGAUCAUAUUGAUGACUAUAACACCUUUCCAAACUUAUCUUCCUUUAAAGAAGCAAGCUUAAUGGGUGAUCUUUGCUCACCAUUAAUGGUAUUUGUUUCAAAUUCAAGUGAUAUCUACCUCCCAUUUUAUGCACAAAAAAGCUCCAAUUUAUUUAAUAAACACUUUACCUAUAGAUUAAUUAAAAGUAUGGAAGAUAAAUAUUUGUAUAUUGGUAAUUUUGACUACAUAUCAAAUAAUAAUGCUGGUAAUUCCGUAAGCUACGAGCUAAUCUACCAAAGUGGUUCUAACUUCCCAAGUAUUACCUUAAGUAAUGGAUUCACUAUUCAUGAUGGAUCAAGAAGAAACUAUUUAGAAUUCGAAGGCAUUCAAUUUUCUUCAACCUUAGGCUAUUCAUUCCAACCAUUUUACAUCACUUACCAUGACACAUUUAUUUCCACCUUCCCAUUUGGAUUUUCUAAAGGAAAUGUGAAUAACUACGAAUACGAUUUUUCAUUUCUUCCUUUACAAAAUGAUCCAAUCGUAACUGAAGUAGCAAUGUAUUCGGUAAGAGGCCAGAAAGGUUUUUCGUAUAAAGUGCCAACCCAAAGUAGUACCCACGAAAAUCCAUUGGUCAAUUCUUUUGAAUUUAUUAAAUUAGAUGCCUUUAAAUAUAUUUUAAAACUAUCACUUAGUUCCCAACUUACGCCAGUGUACCAGAUUAAAAUAAAUGAUUAUCAAACAUUUGGUUUAGAAACUUUAGUUAAAGGUGAUACUUUUAAUGGAUAUUAUGAACUAUUGGUUGACAACUUUAACCCAAUAAAGUUUAUUAGAUUUAAUAAUCUCGAUGGGGGCCUUAUAAAUAACCAAUUCUAUAAUAUUCUAUCAACUCAAAGAUUUAAAUCACCUGAAAUUACUUUCGAUUAUUUUAAACUUUCAGAUGUUACAGCAUUGUACAAUGAAGUAGAUGUUACUAACAAACCAUCAAGUAACAUACUUUAUUUAAACUUUGAUAUCGACCCAAAUACACCAAUAGCACUAUACCUAUACGAUCCAACCAAUAACUAUAUCUCCAAUAAAAAUCAUUUUAAGACUGAAAACUUGUGGUACGCUAUAUACAACACAACCAUCAAUAGAUUCCAAAUUGAGUUCUCUAUCAAAGCUAAUAUCAAACCAGGUACCAUUCCAUACUCCAUCAUGUUCUCUUCAGAAAAAUAUAUAAUGAGCAGUAUAUUACCAAAAAAAGCCCAAAUCAAUAUAAUUUCUAAAAAUAUUGAUCAAUAUGGUCCAAUCUUUUCCAUUAUUACCAAAGAAACCUUUGAAACCUCAUUAAAUUGGAAUUUUGAAAUAAAAGAUGACUAUAAUGGUUUUAAAAAUGGUUAUAUUGUUGUUAGGGGUAAAACAGAUGGAAAUACCAAUAACUUUACAUUGACUACCGACAAUAUGAAAGGUGGUAGUAAAUAUUCGGCUCAAUAUACUAUUUCGAUUCCACUUAUAAAACCAUGCUUUGCUCAAGACUAUAUUAUUACCGAUGUGGUUUUAUUUGAUGAACAAGGCUAUAAUUCAACAUUUUCCAUUUACAAUUCAUAUUCUCAAUCGAUCUCCACCUCUCUAAACAAUCCAUUUGUAAACUAUAUGCAUGAUUCUAAAAUCAAUAUACUCACUGCUGACCCUCUUUAUUGUGACGCUGUUUAUUCCUCUGAGCCCUUCAUUAGAAGCUUUUCAGUUUCAAGCUCUAAAAUCGAUGUAUUUAGCAAUUCAAGACAAGUUGAUUUUAUUUUGUUAACCGAAGAUUCUCAAGGUUUGAUACACUCUCAACUUCCAAUAGUAUACCUAUCCACAACUAAUCUUAGAACCAUAGAAUGUAAAUUUACAUUUGUCGAACCGGUCUCCAUCAGAGAAGGUAAUUAUAGUUGUAGUAUAGAAUUGCCUGUGGGUUUUGGAUAUCCAGAUCCAAUUUUAUUGCAAGUAUAUGGUAUUGUAAAUAGAGGUGGUUUAUUUGGAGGAUCAUCCACAGCAUCGUUGGGAGAUCAGGGAUUCAUUAACCAAAUUAAAACAGAAAGAUCAACCAAUGGUGGCCCAAUAAUAACUGGAUCAAGCAGUAUUACAACUGAAGGCAGCGAAUUAUGGAUUUAUGGCAUAAACCUAUUAUCAACUCAAAUCUCAAUUCUUAGUGAAGAAGGAACCACUGAAAAUCCCACCAUCUCAAAAGAAUAUAACACUGCAGUAUUAAUAAAAAAUAUUUCUCCAAAGAGCAAACCAUUCCUUGUUAUUUCCAAAAAUGAAUUUGCUACUAAUAGUUUUAAAGUAACCCCAGUCUCCAAAGUUAUUUCAAACUGGGUACCACCACCUGUCACAGAGCCACCCACUAAUCCACCACAAAAAUGCAUAAAUAACUGUAAUGCACCUUUGCAAGGUACAUGCCAAAAAACUGGUUGUGUAUGUAUCCAUCCAUGGAUUGGUGCAGACUGCUCUAGUCUUGUAAUCGAAGUAUCACCACCAAAACAAAAUUCAACCAAUCCAUCUACCGAAAUUGAAGUACCAAGUGACUCUAUUAAAAAUGAAAUCCUUUAUAAAUCAUUUAUUUCUAUGGUAUCAUUAAGAGAGUUGGAUAUUUUUGGCAAAGUGGUCGAACAAAGAGUAUUUGACAAGUGGAUAUUUACAUCUAUAAACGAUACAACCUAUCAAUACUAUACAAACAUUACAGUAUCAGAUCAAACUGUUCAUAUCAAUGCAAUAUUAAGAUGGUUUACCGAAAAAACAACCAUUUCAUUUGCAAACCAAGAUUUAGAAAUGUAUCCAUCCUCCAUAAAAUAUACAGUUGAGAUCAGUCAAUACCCAUUCAAGAAGCAAUUAAAUAGUUUACAAUUAGUUAUGUCUGCAGGUCUUCAGUCAUCAAGCACUGAUAAUAUAUGCUCUUCACAACAGUUUGGUGAUACAUCGUCAGGUGAUAAUUCAAACUUUAUUAAAAUCCAAAUCGACAAUCAUUCAUUAUAUGGUCGUUUAAUUAAAAGAUGUUUGUUGGAUGAUACAAUUAGAGGUAUAACAAAUGAAUUCAUUGACCAAAAAGAUCUCAACAUCUCUACAAGAACUUUUUCAAAUUCGCAAAAUCAAUUAAAUCUUUAUAUUGGUAUUAAUAUUGGCUACUUUGAAAAGUCUGUAACUAUCGAUCCUGACUUUUCUGUAAUAUUAGAUCAUUCAUCUGCAAACUCCAACUCACCAAACUCAAUUUGUAAAAAGUCUGGUUUAACCAAAACUCAAAUUGUCGGUAUUGCUGUAGGUGGUGCUGUUUUCUUGAUUGUAGUAUUAAUUAUCAUUGGAAGUAUAAUUUACCGUUCACAACAUUGCUUACCUUUAAAAAUUAUUAUAUACAAGAUAUUUAAAAAAUCUAAAGUUUAA